AUGAGUCAGUUGGAGACAUUUCUCGAUCAAGUUCACCAAAGAUUGCACGACGAUAGUGCGUCCAAGAAGGUAAUUGUCACUGGCAAUGAUUCAGCAGACCUUGAUUCUAUCAUAUCGUCACUGCUAUUUGCUUAUCUAAGUAGCAAGCAAGACAAGGACAUAUUGUACAUCCCCUUGAUCAAGGUCCCUAAAGCAGAUUUAGCUCUUAGACCUGAAUUGGCUUUUGUCAUGAACCACAUUCAUCUCGACCAUCAGAAGCUUGUAUGCAUCGACGAACUCACAUUGGAUCCUCAUGCAUCAGUGGUGCUAGUAGAUCAUAACCACCUUACCCCUCCACUGGGUCAAUACGACAACCAAGUGAUUGGUGUCUUGGAUCAUCAUGUGGAUGAACAUUUGUAUCAAUCAGCACCUUUACGCCGCGUGGAAAUGGUGGGAUCUUGCGUCACAUUAGUACUGGAUCACUUUCCAGAUCAUCUUUGGUCCAAUAGCCAGGAGGUUGCGCAACUUGCCUUGGGCCCAUUGCUGGUAGACACAGUCAAUCUCAAGUGGGAAUUGGGCAGAACAACCGACUUGGAUGUCGCCGUCUAUCAUAAGCUGAUUGGAGCUCUGUACAAUGUCACCGCAUCCAGUUCAUCCUCCACAUCACUUACAGACGAUUACUUCAAAUCGAUUGAAAAGGUGAAAUCUCAGGUAGACACCAUGUCAAGCUACGAUAUUUUGAGACGGGAUUACAAGGAGUUUGUGGUGGACGGAUAUCGCAUUGGCACCAGUGCAGUGACAUGGCAUUUCAGAGCAUGGGCCGAGAGAAACAGCGCACAAGAGAUCAGACAGGCAGCCAUCGAUUAUGCAAACAAGCGCCAGUUGGAUAUGGAAGUUGUCUUUACUGCAUUUGAUCAUGAUGGUGAAUAUCGUCGUCAAUUGGCUGUUUUCGUCAUGCAACCCAAAUUACAGAGAGUGCAGGACGAUUUGGAAAGAAAUUCUGACAUACAGCUGAAACCGAUCAAGGAAUUCGAUGUUGCAGGGUUUUACGACCAAGGCAACAUUCGCAUGUCUCGAAAGCAGGUGUGGCCCUUGUUGAAGCAGUUGAUUGAACAACAUGAAGAUUAG